AUCCUUCCUUCCUUUCUCAAGAAACACUGAAUUCAGUCUCCCACACCAGCCAAAAGAGGCUGUCCAAGGGAGAGAGAAGGUGGAGCUAGAAGUGAGCAAGUGCAACCUGAGAAUCCCUCCAUUUGAUUAGUCUUCAAGAGGUAGUCACAGACCUUGUGGAUGGAUUAACCAGAUGCUGACUGCUGUUGCCCUGUGCUACAAGUAGAUUUCAACACUCAUCCAAAAUUCUUGUGUCCAUCCUAGGCACAUGGAGCUGAAGGAGACCAAUCGUGAUCACUCAGGAGUACACAAUUUGACCUUCCAGAAUGACAAUGAAGACAUUGACAUUGUAAAUAAGGAAGAUCUUCAAGACAAUUUACAGAGAAUCGAGAAUUCACAACAUGAGAAAAACGUACAUACUAAUCAGGAGGAUGAAUUCAUCAACAUUGAGAGUGAUCUGCAUGAAAACAAACAUGACUCAGCGGGUAAUGAGAAACUACGCUUGAAAGGGCUUUUAGAAAAGAAAUAUGAUAAAGCCUGCAUUUUUUGCAAGAAAUAUAGAACCAGAAUUAAGUAUGUGAUGUGCAGAAUUUUAAUAACAGCUUAUUUGGCAGCAGUUACUGCAGCCUGCAGCUUGAAUUUUCAGAGAGCCUUGCCACUCUUCAUCAUUACUGUCCUAGCCAUCUUCCUCAUCUGCUGGGAUUUUUUAGUAGCAAAGUAUGAAGACAGAAUUGCAGCAUUUUUUUCCCCUGGAGAAAGAUAUUUGGAGAAACAGUGGUUUUGGCUAAAAUGGGUACUGUGUGCAGUUGUUAUUGUAGCUAUCAUUUUCUGGCUCAUCUUUGACACAGCAAGACAAGGAUCCCACCAGCUGAUCUCCUUUGGUGGGCUUGUGAUGUAUAUUCUCUUGAUGUUUAUAUUCUCCAAGUAUCCAACAAGAGUUGCUUGGAGACCAGUGUUUUCAGGAAUAGUAAUGCAGUUUAUUCUUGGGGUUCUUAUCCUGAGGACAAAACUGGGGUUUGAUAUAUUUAACUGGCUAGGCAUUCAGAUCCAGACUUUUCUGGAGUACUCUGACACAGGUGCUAAGUUUGUCUUCGGUGAAAAAUACACAGAUCAUUUCUUUGCUUUUAAGGUCUUGCCAAUUGUGGUUUUCUUCAGCACAGUAAUGUCUAUGCUUUAUCACAUUGGAUUCAUGCAGUGGCUUGUUGGAAAGGUUGGUUGGAUAAUGCAGAUUUUUAUGGGGACAACUCCUGUUGAGUCUCUUGUAGCUGCUGGUAACAUAUUUGUGGGACAGACAGAGUCUCCUCUCUUGGUACGGCCAUAUUUGCCAUACAUCACCAAAUCUGAACUCCAUGCAGUCAUGACAGCAGGAUUCUCAACUAUUGCUGGAAGUGUCUUAGGAGCAUAUAUUUCUUUUGGGGUUUCUGCUUCCCACCUACUGACUGCUUCUGUCAUGUCCGCACCAGCAUCGUUAGCCACCUCCAAACUGUUUUGGCCUGAAACUGAAAAGCCUAAAGUAACUUUGAAGAGUGGCCUAAAAAUGGCAAAAGGUGAAUCAAAUAACCUGCUGGAGGCAGCCAGUCAAGGUGCAUCCAGCUCUAUUCUGUUGGUGGCAAACAUCACUGUGAAUCUCAUCUCCUUCCUUGCCCUGCUGGCUUUUGUCGACUCAGCCCUCUCUUGGGUGGGCAGUUUGUUUGACUAUCCACAGCUGAAUUUUGAGAACAUUUGUGCAUAUCUCUUUAUGCCAUUCUCCUUUAUGAUGGGAGUAGACUGGGAAGACAGCUUUAUUGUUGGUGGACUCCUAGGUUACAAGACUUUCUUCAAUGAAUUUGUGGCUUAUGAACGUCUCUCAAAACUGAUACACAAUCGAGAAAAGGGUGGGAGCAUGUACAUAAAUGAUGUGAAACAAUAUAUGACGGUCCGUUCUGAAACCAUUGCCACCUAUGCUCUUUGUGGAUUUGCCAACUUUGGCUCUCUGGGAAUGGUAAUAGGAAGUCUAACAAGCAUGGCUCCCACAAAAAAAAAGGAAAUUGCUAGUGGUGCUUUCAGAGCAAUGAUCGCUGGAACUGUUGCCUGUUUCAUGACAGCAUGCAUUGCAGGAAUGCUGGCCAUCCCUGAUGUGGAAGUUCCAUGCCACAUUUUGUUACAAACUGCCUUCAACUCUACAAGUUCCCCUGCCAACAUCACAGAGCUGGUCGAAUGCUGCCAGCAGACCUUCACCAGUGCAAACAGUUCUCAGGAGAGCUUCUCUGGAGGAAACUACACCCUGAGCUUCUGGAAAAAAUGUUGCCAAAUACUGAAUCAAACAACUUUUAAUUGCACAUGAAUUAAGCUUUAAUCUGGAGUGGGAUAUUCAUAACUAAGAGCCAUGUUUGUUGGCAGAAAGGCAGUAAAAAGCUUCCUUUUCCACAAUUGUGAAUAAUAUGGACCUUUAUUUCCUAUCUCCUGCAAGUCUACUUCUUAUGACAUGCAUAGAAUUAAGUUCCAAAUUUAAACUGGGAUGAAAGCAAGAGACCUUCUGCUAAAGAUCUGUUCUCCUGUUACACAUCAGAAAAGAAGGAGAACAUUUCUGAUUUCAUUUCUACUGUGAAACUGAUGAAUCUGUAGCAUAAAACUACUAUUGGCAAGAAGAAAAUCAUGCUCAGGGGAUCUGACUUGCAAUUACAGAAAGCUGUGUACUCCAAAUAAUAUUUUAGAAUUAUCAUCCUUUCUGCUCCUUUUUGAUACUUUAGAAGUGGUUUCACUGCAGGUAAAAGCCUCUGUUCUCAGAAAUCUCUGUACACUUCUUCUGGUAACUAUGGCUACAUGUUAACUGAGCUUCUAGCAUGGGAUGCACCUCAUCCCCUUGGCCACCAAAGUACCCAAACCAAGGGACUAGCCACUGUGUGCCCCAGCUCCCAUCUUUCUGCCCUCAGCAGAAGGUAGGAGGCAUCCUGUCUGUAUCUGAAUUCAGGAGGCUGAUUUGUGCUUAGAGGUAACUCACAUGACUUGGAAAGGUCCAAAUCCCAGAGGAGGUUUCCCACAUCAAUUUGUCCCAAACUUUGUUGCUGAAGGUCGAUCCCAUGGUCACCAAGUGGGUACUCACUGUCAUAUUCCCAGCAGAAUCAACAGAGCAUCAACAAAAUGUGGAUAAGAUCAAGUCAGAAUCCAGCUCUCUGUGAAAGCAACGCUGAUGGAUCCCAAAUACCAGGCUCUAAAUGGAAGAAUGUGCUAUCAAAUAAAAUAUUUCAAACAAAAAACCUGAUUUUAUUUCCUCUGGUUACGUUUUCUACACCACUGUAGAGGGUGCAGGAUUAUUUCCAAAUUUCACUGAGACAAGUCCUUAAUAAAUUGAAUAAUAGAAUAGAUGUUUUAAUAAGAUGGGGACAACAAACAAACAAACAAAAAAAACAACCAGGAAUUUUGGUAGUGAGUAAAUCUGACAUCCCUUUAGAUGCCAGAAAUCCUGGUUUCAUGCAGGACUGACUUUUCCCAUAGUGAUCUGUGCAGUUCUUAACCAUGGAGAAGUCCUUCAUGGGUCUGUUUGAUACUGCCUAAAAGCAAGGUUUCCAGCACAUAAAGGAACAUAAGAUUUAUUUGUUAUAUUCCUUUUUUUUUA